GUACAGAACAUAAAACAGAUUUGUCAGCAGACAAAAAUAAUCCAGCCCAUGGGGCCAUUCAAGAUAUAAAAAUCAGUGUGAUCUUUAAUGAGAAACUUCUGGAUCUUAAUGUUGGAUGACUUCUCCAAAAAACUGGUAUGACAUCUUCUUUUUUGCAUCUGCUUGGCUUUUGACCUGCUGACGUGACGUAGUCUCCUUCCUGCUAAGCUUACAGUGUAUGCCAGUAAGACAACCUCUAGCUCAGUGUCACUGUCUAACAGCUGAAGAAACAAAUCGGGUCAGUUCUUUAAUUGUUGGGGUCUUCACCAGCUGUGGUCAUCAGCACCAUACCACUUUAUUACUGGACAAGAGGGCUCCACUUUGACUCAUUGGUUUCUUCUGUAACUGAGAAAACGUGCAAAAAUCAGAAUUAACUUCAACAUUAAAUGAUUAGUAAUGCAAGUCAACAUUCAUUCUUCAAUAGGUAUUCUUGCCUCCAACAAUAAGUAAAAGACAAGACAAAUGGUUAUUGGAAGAACAAAUAUUUAUGUAUUUUCAGCAGUUUUGAAAGAAAUGUUGGAAAUCUGUCAUUUAAAAAACAUGUCUUUAAAAAACUGAAGUGCACACAGUCCUGCAGGGCUGCAUGAACAUGAUUUAAAGAGCUGAAACCCUGCUUAUUUUCCAGCCAUUUUCUAAUGAGCUUAUCUGGGAUUGGCAGGUCAGUUUGAUGGUGCAUUAGCACAUUUUUGGAUUGGAGUGUGGAAGAGCAAAAAUGAGCAAAACCAAAACCCUAACCAUAUUUAUUAAGCUAACAAACUUAAUAUAAUUCCUUUAUUGGCUAAAACAGUUCAAGAAGAUUUUUGUGUAGUUUUGCCUUUCAAAAAACUGGCCUUGGUUUGUUCAUCUUCCCUGCAUCCACAAAUCCUAAAAACAAGUCCUAUAUUUGAUUAAUAAUUUGCUAAUGCACUUGAUCUACCUCAACCCGAUACUCAAUGAGGAAAAAGGGACAUUAUUCUACCCCUGUGGUGUGUGAAUUCAAGUUUGUUUAAUAUCAGACUGCAAAUGGAAAUUUCGUCUACUGCAGAAUUAAUAAAAAAGUUCAGACAAAAAGAUUCAGUGUGUGUGUUGUUACUACAUUUGUCCUUGUUGUGUGUACUUCUGAGCUCACAGACCUCCAUCCCCUGAAUCCAUGGAUACUGAGGAGCCGUCUGCUCAAGGAGAGCACAGCUUGUUCCUGCUCAGGCAGCUGGACAGGAUGAGAGCUGCUGAGGAGCUCACUGAUGUGGUGCUGCUCGCAGAUGGGAUUCCCUUCCCUUGCCACAAGGUGGUGCUGUCUGCUUUCAGUCCUUGCUUCCAGGCCAUGUUCACAUGUGGUCUGAAGGAGACCCGAGGAGGGCAGGUGCCUCUCAGAGACACUCCUGCAGAGAGCUUAGAACUGCUGCUGAACUACAUGUACCAGGGUGAACUCCCACUCUCUAACAGCAACAUCCAAGGCGUGGCUGCUGCUGCUUUCCUGUUCAACAUAGAUAGAGCCUUCAAGUUAUGUCAGAGCCACAUGGAGGCUUGGAUGGACCCUUCAAACUGCGUUGGCCUGUACCAUUGGGCCAGAGAUCUAGGAGCUUUGGAUUUGGCAGACUGUGCAUUACGAUACCUUUGUCACCACUUUUCACAGGUAUGUGAGGAAGAAGAAGUGCUGGAGCUGGAUGCACAAAGUCUGGGGAAUUUGCUGGGUUCAGAUGACCUUAACAUAUCGCAGGAGGAGGUAGUGCUGGAGUUGGUGCUGCGCUGGGUGGAGAGGCAUCGGGGUGACUCCCACAGUGAAGCCCAGGCUGUGGAAUUGCUUAGACGCGUGCGCCUGGAACUCAUAGACCCUGGAUUUCUUAGAAAAGCGAGGAGGAGGAACCCGACCUCAGGUCUCUGUGACACAGCAGCUCCACCUCGCCCGCCUCUUCGAUAUGGAAUGGAGACAACUGACCUGCUGCUCUGUUUGGGGGGAGUGACCAGGGAGGGUAUUCCUGCUCGACGUGGGGGAUUUGCUGACCUCUGCUUUUGUUUUGCCCCUCGGGAUAGAAAGACUUACUACAUGGCCUCUCCGCUGAGAGGCUGUGAAGGUACGGGCCAAAUCACUGCAGGUGCAGUGAGCCUGAACAACAGCAUAGUGGUGGUUGUUGAAGCAGAGGAUAAGGACAGAAGGAAGAGACUGGAUUUCUACAGGUACAGUGAUUCAGAAGAGGACAGAUGGGUGAAGGUGUGCUCCGCCCCUUACAGGGACAUGUACGCUUUAGGGCAUUUAGGGGAGGCCCUUUAUCUGAUAGGUGGUCAGAUGAAAGUGAAUAAUCACUACGUGAUCACUGACAGUGUGCAGAGAUGGUGUCUGAAGAGAGAAGGCAGCUGGCUCAGCUUUGCUCCGCUGCCCCUCCCUUUAGCCUGCCACUGCAUCGUGAGCUCAAAGGAUCAUCUUUACGUGCUGGGGGGCUGGACACCACAGGAUCUUCCCGAUGCUGAGCUUGACAAGCUCAGUAACAGAAUGUUUAGGUUUGAUGCUGCCAAAGACAGGUGGACUGAGUGUGCCAGAAUGAAGUUCUCCAGGUACCGCUGUGGCACAGCUCUCCUCAAUGGAGAAAUCUACAUUUUAGGGGGUAUAGGGUGUGAUGGAGAGGACGGUGGACAAUCUCGCCAUUGUCUAAGCUCUGUAGAGAUAUACAACAUUGAUGCAGACACCUGGAGGCCAGGACCAACACUCCCUACAGGCCUGCUCUCGCUUCGAACAAAUGCGUCCAAUAUAGGAGUAAUUGAGAGAAAGAUCUACCUCUGUGGAUAUUUCAAGGGUGCAGGUCGCCAUGAAAUCAUCACCAAGGAGAUUUUAGAGUUAGAUCCUGCAGACAACGUUUGGACUGUGCUGGAGAGACGAGCAGCAAUGCAUGACACUUACGAUGUCUGUCUGGUUGCUAACCUUAAUCCUCGAGAUCUCAUCUCGCCAUGAUGCCUUUCUCUGUCACUCUGAUAACACUUGCUGUGGGUGUGAAGUGACAGUGUUCUCUUAACGACCUGCCAGACUUUUGUGCAAUUUUGUUCUUUGAUUCACUCCAUCUCUUGUCAAAUAAGUGUUACCAUGCAACAUGUUUGCAAAGAUCUGACUGAACUGCUGCAAGAAAGCAAUGAUUUAACAAAAUAUUUAUGUCAGAUUUGAUUUGACUGUAUGAAUCCUUUAACGUUGAGACAAUUUUCUACAUAGAUGCCAUAUUCUGCAGUCAAAUUAAUGCUGUUUAACACAUGUUGCUAAAUAAAAAAACAAAUAAUAAUUUCAAAAUUAUUAUGUAAAUUUAAAAAAAAUAUAAUUCAUAAUUUCAGUCAUUCAAUUUUCUUCU